AUGGGCAAGGGCACGAGGAAGGAGAUCUCUGAUUUCCUCCGCCCACAAUCCCCACGGUCUCUCCGCUCUCACCGCUUGCACAAUUCUACUCCGUUCCCACGGUCUAUUGAGGUUUUGUCAUCGCGUCUUGGUAGCAAGCCUGAAGAUAUUAUCAAGCUAGAUGCAAAUGAAAACCCUUAUAGUCCACCCCUAGAGGUCUUCGAAGCUUUGGGGUCAUUGAAAUUCCCAUAUGUUUAUUCUGAUCCUGAAAGCUGUCGUUUACAUGCUGCACUUGCAAAAGAUUUGGGCAUUGAGUCUGAUUAUAUUCUUGCAGGAUGUGGUACAGAUGAGCUCAUUGAUUUGAUUAUGAGAUGUGUACUGGAUCCUGGAGACAAGGUUGUGGACUGCCCGCCAAUUUUCACAAUGUAUGAAUUUGAUGCUGCUGUUAAUGGGGCACUUGUUCUCAAAGUACCGAGGAAUUCAGACUUCAGCCUGAAUGUAGAACUCACUGCUGAUGUUGUUCAGAAGGAGAAACCAAAAUGCAUAUUCCUAACUUCUCCUAACAAUCCAGAUGAAAGUAUAAUCAAUGAUGAAAUUCUUUUGAAGAUCCUUGACUUGCCUAUUUUUUUUGUGCUGGAUGAAGCAUACAUUGAGUUUUCGGGAAUCAAGUCUAGGAUGGGAUGGGUGAAGAAGUUUGAGAAUUUAAUUGUCCUGAGGACAUUUAGUAAAAGAGCUGGACUUGCUGGACUCCGUGUGGGAUAUGGAGCAUUUCCUUUGAGCAUUAUAGGGUAUCUUUGGAGGGCAAAGCAACCAUAUAAUGUUUCUGUAGCUGCUGAAGUUUCUGCAUGUGCGGCAUUGCUGAAUCCCACCUAUUUAGAGAAGGUGAAAGAAGCUUUGGUACAAGAGCGGGAUAGGCUUUAUAAGCUUCUGAAAGAAGUGCCAUUUCUCAACCCAUUUCCAAGCUAUUCUAAUUUUAUUCUUUGUGAGGUUAUGUCUGGAAUGGAUGCUAAGAAGCUAAAGGAUGAUCUUGCGAAAAUGGGCGUGAUGAUCCGUUACUACAAUAACAAAGAACUGAAGGGUCAUGUUCGCGUCUCCAUCGGGAAGCCUGAACAUACAGAUGCCUUGAUGGCUUGUCUCAAUUCCCUUUCUUGACUGAUUUCUGGUGUUAAAACUUCCUAAAAUCAUUCAAUUGCUUUGAUUGGAAUGAUCCUGAGGAUGCCUUAUAUAUAUUAUAUGAAAACUACGGACAAUCAAACCUAUUUCUUGAUGCCAAAAGGAGUAAAUAGGGUCCCAAAUAACAAAAGACAUGUAAAAAGUAGGUUCGAUUAUGCCUAUUCCUAAUCCUAAAUGAAAUGUAACAACAUGGGGAUUCUUAUGUAAA